GCAAUGAUUUGUUUCUUUAUUUAAAAGAAAAUAAGUAUACUGUAAAAAUAUUCAAUCACCAAGAUAUCUGUAACUUGAGAUUAAUCUCCACUGAAUAAGUAUUACACAGAAUAUUUGUCAAUCAUAGUUAUAUAAUUGUACAUGUCCAGCAGAACUUAUAUCAGUGACACAUAGGAACUAGUAACAUAAAGUUCUAAACUAUGGCAGUGUUAACUUCCUUUCUUUUGAAUUUUGGCUUUACAGUGGUCGCUCUUUUAGCGAUUCUCGUUCUUUAUGUGAAAUAUAAACGAAGUUAUUGGAAAAGACGAGGGGUGACUUCUGUACAGGGUCACUGGUUUUUCGGCAAUGUAAAAGAGGCUGCAUUACAGAAGAAAAGUUUUGCAAAUGUGUUCGGUGAAUUGUAUCAGCAAGCCUCAGAGAAGGACGUCGUUCUGGGAUUUUAUAUUUUUCAUAAACCCUUUCUGUUAGUGAAAAGUCCGGAACUGAUUAAACAGAUUCUAAUCAAGGACUUUAAUAUUUUCCCAAAUCGUUAUUUCUCUGCUCGCUCGUUCCACGAUGAAAUCGGUAACACAAAUCUCUUUACCAUUCAGAACCCUCCAUGGAAACAUCUCAGGACCAAGCUUUCACCUAUAUUCACCAGUUUAAAACUAAAGAAACUUUUCUAUUUGGUAGUGGAAAAUUCUGAAUCAAUGAGCAAAUAUUUAGAGGAUCAGUUUUCAAAUGGUACAAAAACAAAAAGUAUCCUUUUAAGAGAUGUUACCUUAAGAUAUACGACUGAUAUCAUAUCAAAUAUUGCUUUUGGAGUUCAAGUGAAUUCUUUUAAUCCUGAUAAUACAGAAUUCUUUGAAAAAGUUCAAGAAGGACUAAAUUUUUCCAUCAAGCGAGGCAUACAAUUUGCCACAAUGUUCUUCUUCCCAUCGGUUGCACCAUUUGUGGGUGCUCAAAUGUUAGGCUCAUCUACUGAUUACUUCCGCAAAGUAUUUUGGGAUUCCAUGGAUGCUAGAGAGUUAAGCAAAGUUAAACGAGGAGACUUGAUUGAUUUAUUAGUAGAACUAAAGAAUGAAAAACAAGACAACGAAGAAUUCAAAUUUACGGGUGAUGCACUGGUGAGCCAAUCGGCUAUUUUUUUCAUUGCUGCUCGUGAAUCUAGUGUAUCCACUAUUUGCUUCACCCUUGCUGAACUUGCAAAGCAUCCGGAGAUUCAGAAACGAACGAGAGCAGAAAUUUUAGAGAAGUUAGCAGAACAUGGAAUGACGUAUGAGGGUGUUCUGAGCAUGAAAUAUCUUUAUCAAGUAAUUUCAGAAACUCUGAGACUAUAUCCACCAGCUCCGAUCCUUGAUCGAGUUCCAAUUAAAAAUUACAAGAUACCAGGAAGUAAUAUAGUUAUAGAAAAAGGAACGCCUGUUUAUAUAACUUUGACCGGUCUCCAACGUGAUCCAAAAUACUAUCGCGAUCCUCUGACUUUCAAUCCUGAUAGAUACAACGAGGAGAAUAAAGAUGAAAUUUCACAGUGCACGUAUAUACCCUUUGGCGAUGGUCCACGAGUUUGCGUUGGUACACGGCUCGGCCAGUUACAGAGUGCGAUAGGUGUACUGACAAUAAUUAAAGAUUAUGAAGUUUCAUUUGACUCCACUUGUAAUUGUGAGAUCGAUAACCGUAACGUAUUCUUGUCACCCGUGGACGAAUUCAACUUAAAAUUGACAAAACUUUAACAGGUCCUCAAUCUAAUGUUAAAUACUUUUUAAACUCUGGUAUUACACACUCUCGAGGAUUCAAUGGCGUUCGUGCAGUAAGAUAAUCGCUCAAAUAUUGUGGCAUAAAACAAAGGAUACCUUUGCUGGCUAACAUUGCCCAAUCGAUUGGUUGACUAACUUGUCUGACAUUUACGAAGCAAUGAGUAAUUUUCUUGCCCGUUGGACUUGUGUCAUAAGGUGGUCUAAAAGAAAAACCACAUGAAUUAUUUUAAUAACGAAUAACCAAUGAAAAAUUUUAAGUAUGAUUACCUUGCUUGAACAACUCUGCCCCCUCCAGCUUCGAUUAAUCUUUUGAAUUGGUCGUACUUAUCUCCGGCGACUAGCAGUAAUGCAACCAUGUUAUUAAAGGGCCCGUUUGGUUCUUUGAGCAAUUUGAGUCUCCACCUGUAUGCAGCUGCUGCAAUAGUUUCUUCAAUUUCUCCAUUUGGAGCUGGUAUAACAUCUUUACUUUCUGGAUUGCCCCAUUCAUACUUUUCUUCCUGAUAAUAAUUCAGUGAAAUAAAGGAGAUAAUGUUACGGAUAAGAAGUUGAACUAUAAUAAAUUGAUGAUACUAACAUCUA